AUGGAUAAAAGUUGGUUGAAUAUUAGGAAUAGAGUCGACCAAAGGUAUAGAGAUGGAGUUGACAACUUUCUUAAUUGGGCAUUCAGUCAACCUACGGUGAGCACUAUGAUUCGGUGUCCUUGUAAAGGGUGUAUGAAUACCGAGUUCAAGCUACGGGUUGGUGUAAGAGGAGAUUUAUUGAGGAAGGGAUUUUGGGGUUCUUAUAAAGUGUGGGACUUGCAUGGAGAAGUGUCAGUUAGAGUUGAAACUUCUAGUGUUGUAGUUAGUGAUGAUGGAGCAGAAGAUGAUAGCAUUGAAGAGGACAAUAUUAGUGAAAUGAUUCACGAUGCUUGUGGAUAUACGAAUGUGGAGGAUAAUAAUAAUUCAGAGGACAACGAAGAACCAAAUAUACAUGCAACAAAGUUCUACGAAUUGUUAGAAGAUGCUGAGACAGAACUUUAUCCUGGUUGUGAAAAAGUCUCAAAGUUGUCUUUUGUUGUUAAACUACUUCACUUGAAGUGUCUUAACCGUUGGAGCAACAAAUCUAUGGAUGCAUUAUUGAGCUUCUUUAAAGAAGUUCUUCCAGAUGGGUCAUUUGUGCCAAAUUCUUUCUAUGAAGCAAAGAAAGUUCUUUGUGACCUCGGCUUGGGGUACACCAAAAUAGAUGCAUGUCGAAAUGAUUGUAUUUUAUAUUGGCGUGAUUAUGCCGAUAUUCAAGCAUGUCCUAAGUGCGGUAAGUCUAGAUGGAAGUCCGAAGGACACGGAGGCAAGAAAGUAGCUCAUAAAAUCUUGCGGCAUUUUCCAAUCAAACCAAGACUUCAAAGAUUGUACAUGGCAAGAGAGACAGCUAAAAAGAUGAGGUGGCAUAAGGAGGAAAAUAUUGAUGAUGGUGUCUUGCGACAUCCGUCUGACUCAAUAGCAUGGAAAUCCUUUGAUGCACAACAUCCCACCUUUUCGGCUGAGUUAAGAAAUGUUCGACUAGGCUUAGAGAGUGAUGGGUUCCAACUAUAUGGGAACAUGAGUUCUAAUCAUAGUAUUUGGCCCGUCGUACUAGCUACGUAUAAUUUUCCACCAUGGGAUUGUAUGAAAAAUCCGUAUUUCAUGAUGACACUUCUUAUUCCAGGCCUCAAGUGUCCAGGCAAUGAUAUCGAUGUAUAUUUACAACCAAUGAUUGAAGAGUUGAAAGAAUUAUGGUUCGGGGUGGAUACUUAUGAUGCACACUCAAAAUCUAAUUUUUUGAUGUAUGUGGCUAUCAUGUGGACGAUCAAUGACUUUCCUGCAUAUGGAAAUCUUUCAGGAUGGUCAACCAAAGGCAAGCUUGCAUGCCCUUGUUGCCAUAAAGAUACACAAUCGACUUCCUUACGUAGUAAGUUGUGUUAUAUGGGUCAUCACCGCUUUCUUUCCAUGGACCAUCCAUGGCGUAGAAGUAGGAUGUUAUUUGAUGGGAAAGUUGAAAUGGGAGUUAAGCCUAACCCUUUAACAGGUGAUGAAGCACUUAUGCAAUUACAAGCUUUAGGUAAUGUGACUUUUGGUAAAGGACAAAAGAGAAAGCGUGAUGUUCAUAACAAUGCAUACAACUGGAAGAAGAAAAGUAUCUUUUUCCAAUUGCCUUAUUGGAAGAGUCUUAUAUUACGACAUAACCUUGAUGUGAUGCACAUCGAAAGAAAUGUGUCCGACAAUAUUAUAUCAAAUGUCAUGAAUAUGGUUGGAAAAACAAAAGACACAUUGAAAAGUAGAUAUGACUUGAUGGACCUUGGAAUCAGACAAAGGUUGCAUCCAAUUGAGGAUGAGAUCAAUAUUCUGUUACCUGCAGCAUGUUAUGCAUUGUCCCCGGAAGAGAAGCUGAAGGUAUGCAGUUUCUUGGCUAAUCUAAAGGUUCCUGAUGCCUUUUCCUCAAACAUUUCAAGGUGUGUCAAUGUACAGGAAAAAAGGAUACACAGAUUGAAAUGUCAUGAUCAUCAUGUAUUAUUGCAAGACAUUUUUCCAGUAGCUAUACGUGAUCUUGAUAUCCUAGAGGCAGAAAUUCCUAUUAUUUUGUGCAAACUUCAACUUGUUUUCCCUCCGGCGUUCUUUGAUGUCAUGGUUCAUUUGCCAAUUCACUUGCCAAGUGAGGCAAAGCUUGGUGGACCAGCUCAAUAUCGGAAUAUGUAUCCUAUAGAGAGGUAA